GCGCUGGGGGUGCCUUAUCAGGGCGGCAUGGCGAGGGUGAGCGGAUGCACGGCGCUGCGUUGGGGCCUGGGGGCCAGGAGCGCUUCCAGGUUGGCGUGCGGCAGGAAGAACAUUUUUGGCCCAAAAUCAUGGGAACCCAUUUCUCCAGGCAGCGUUAUCUUCCUGCAGCCCCAAAGGACCUAUCGAGCAGCACUCUGCACUGAACUGAAAAAGCCAUUGGUUGUUAGGGAUGUCCCAUCUGCUUUACUUCAGCCGCAAGAGGUCAGAAUUCGUGUCCGUUGCUGUGGAGUCAAUUUUGCUGACAUACUGGCCUGCCAGGGUCUUUACCAAGAACAGCAUUCCCUCCCGCUCACCCCAGGAAUGGAAUACUCAGGAGAUGUGGUGGAGACUGGGAAAGCUGUCACCAACAUCAAAGAGGGGGACUGUGUCAUUGGUGUGACUAACGGAAAAGCUCUGGCGGAGGAAUACACUGCAGAUCCAAAGUUGCUUUGGAAAAUCCCCCAAGGAAUACCUUAUGAAGCAGCUGCAGCACUGCCUACUUCUUAUGGGACAGCCAUCUUGGCCUUGAAACACAGAGCACAAACACAGCCAGGAGAAACUGUUCUGGUGACUGCAGCUGCUGGUGCCACAGGACUUGCAGUUGUGGAUGUGGCAGCUAAUGUUCUUAAGGCAAAGGUGAUAGCAGCAGCAGGAAGUGACAGUAAAUGCAGCCUGGCUAUCCAGAAGGGAGCUGUGGAGAGUGUGAAUUACAGUGCGGCUAGUCUGAGAGAAGAGGUGAAGAAACUGACAGCAAACAAGGGAGUUGAUGUGGUUGUUGACACCGUUGGCGGGGACAUCUUCAAGCAGGCAUUGCAUAGUCUGGCUUUUGAAGGCAGAAUUGUGGUGGUUGGUUUUGCCGGAGGAACUAUACCUUCCAUUCCAACCAAUAUACUGCUUCUGAAAAACAUCUCUGCUCUGGGACUAUUCUGGGGCCGGUACCGGGAUGAAGAGUUCCCAGUCUUCUCCGCAACCAUUUCUUCAGCUCUUUCAUAUUACCAAGAUGGUAAAAUCCAGCCUCACAUAGGAAGAGUGUUCAAACUGGAGGAGGUAAAUGAAGCCUUUGCACAUGUGACCCAACGUAAAUCUACAGGAAAGGUUGUCAUCUCAAUUAAUUAAGCCUCCUUUUCUUGGGGAAAUGUACCCAUGUGCUACAUCCUGCUGAAGAGAGAAGUGACCAUUGUCACUAAAUUCAGAUCAUUUAGCACGUGACAGGCCUUUUUGGAUUACAGAAGAAAACUUUCUAGCCUAACCCACUCAUUGAUUUUCUAUCACUUCUGUAGCUUCUAUCUAUCAGACCCCAAAGUUGGUGAUUGGUCAACCCUUGCCUAUUCUUAUUCCAGCUUUUCUGCUGUUGGAGCUGCAAUAAUGCUAGAUAUGUGCAGACACCUUAGUAUACUUUUGCCCAGGGCAGUGUCCUCCUCUGAAGCUUUUAAGCCAGGUCUGUGACCAGGAGACACAGGAGCUAAUUCUGUUAUUUGGGCUUCGAAGAUUUGGCCAUAUAACCUUAAGGGGCUCUGCCUGAUAAGAAUUGUAUGCAUGAUACUAGAAUAAAAUGCAGCAAUAAUGGAGUGGAACUGUUUUUAUUGUUCUUCUCAGUAUCUGGGGGGUUCCUUUUGAUAUAUAAAAAAGAUUGGAGUGGAAUAGGAAUGUUGGGAAAGACUAUUGUCAUCUUGAGGAAAGUCAAAAUGAUGAC